AAAGUUAAUCCCAUCAGAUAAGUCUCCACCUUCCACCCAAAAAUCCAUCUCUCGGGAAACGAAGGAGAAAUGGCUACACUCUCACCUUUCUUGACUCCCCUCUAUUCAAUCUCCAGAACCAGUGUUUACAAGCUUAGAAUUUCUUGCUCUCAAUAUUCUGUCCGUUUUCAGAACAAGAACAAUGGUGCCGUUCCUUUCAGGAACUUGGCGCUGAGCACCCAGAAGAGGCAGAGGUUUUGUGGGAUGAGGAGGCUUAGCUCUGUUGAAGAAGACUCCUUGGUCCCUGAACCCGAAUCAGACAGCAACGGCGGUGAGCAAGUGCAAGCAGCAGAAUCAGCUGCUCAAGAGGAGACAGUUUCUGUGCCAGUGUCUCCUUCUGACAAGCUCACAAUGUAUUUCCAGGCAGAUGGAACGUUGGCUGAAUCAGAAAUUCCUAGAGUGACCAAGGCCUUAGAGGAAUCUGAGGGUGUUUCCAAUUUGAAGGUCCAAGUCAUUGAGGGUAUCGGUACCGUGGAGUUAACCAAACAGACCACAGUUCAAGCUACAGGGGUGGCUUCCAGUUUAGUUGAGAUCAUACAGGGUGCAGGUUUCAAGUUGCAAACAUUGAAUUUGAGCUUUGAUGAUGAAGAGGAUAUCCUUGUCUAGUUAUUGUCUCUUAGCCAUAAAACUACACAAGGAAGUGGGAGGUGGGGGCAAUGUAUUUUUUGAAGAUCUUUGUUACUUUUUAGAUUUUACCUUCUUCCCCUUUCCUGGUUGGGGGUUGAGCUUGGCCUGUGUGGGGAUUGACCCAGCUGCUUGAGAGAAGCUGUAUUUUUCUCCAUUUCUGUAUGUCACCCGUUGGCAUUUACUUGAAAAUUGCUUAAAUGAAAAAAUCCAAGACAUCAUUCUUGCAAGCUAUUUUCAACUUAGAAGUUGCCUUUGGUGGAAAUUCCAUCUUAAGAGAAGGUGACUUAUAUUUUUAUUAGGCCUGAAUCCUGUUUUGAUAUCUUUAAUAUUGGCACUUUCCAAAUCUAGUAAGUUCAUAGAAUCCCUAAGCAGUAGCUUCCAAAGCAGAAAUCCAAUCCCAGUCGCUAACCUCCAGCUUUCUAUCCUAUUCAACUGUAAUCUGCUGACAUGUUUAUCUUCAGUGAUCCAGGAUAAGCUGACGCCUUGAGAUAUUUCAGGUUCAGAACUUCUAAUUUCUGACACAUACCGAAAUGUAUUGGGACUACGCUGCAUGCUCUGUGGAGAAAAUUUUGAAUACACAAACCCCUCAUUCAGUUCAGUCCAGAACAGACAGUAACUUGAUCUUUAAUCUUGUAUUAAAUUCCCUCUACAAUUAUUCUGAAAGUAGCUGAUCCUUUGGUACCUGCUGACAGCAAAGUAAAGAUAGACAGAAGAAAUAACUGAGAAAUUACUCUAAAGAGGCUGAAUUAUGAAUAUAAUACAGCAAAGUUGUAGCUGGCAGGCAGUUAUGUUAUUGUUUGAAUCCCAUAAAGAAGGCAUGGACCCUGUAAGCUGUCUCCUGAAAAACUGAGCCUUCUUGUUACCAACUGGUGUAGCUUUAUAUUUGUCCUUCUGUAUCAUUAUGUUAUUGUUUGAAUAAAGUCCUGGGAGGGUA